UCGUGUGUUUGUGUUUUUUGUUUAUCUAUUUAUUAUAUUGAGCUGAUUAUUAUUAUUAUAAUUUUCUUCUCUCGUUAGGUUUUCUUUUCGUUGAUCUUGUCUCUCUCUCUCUCUCUCUCUCUCUCUCUCUCUCUCUUUCUCUCUCUCUCUCUCUCUCUCUUGUGAUUAGUAAAAAUCAUUUUGUUGUGAUAGAAAUAUAAUAAUGUCUUUAUCCAAGGAUAACAAUCAAUCUGAUAAAAUCUUUUACAAUGCUUCCGAUGAGGCAUUUGACGUUACAACAGAAUCAAAUUUUGCCAACAUGGAUCCUGAGCAAAAAGCUGCUUUAGAAGAGGAAUGGCGAACAGAACUGGCAAGGACUGAAGAGGAGAUUCAAACCUUGCGACAAGUUCUUUCAUCGAAAUUACGCCAUUCAUCUGAAUUGAAAAAGAAACUCGGCAUCUCUGUAUGGAAAGAAUUUCGAGAUGACAUUGGUCAAGGAGUUAAAAGUAUCCAAGAAUCCACAGCCUCUGGGUUUGGAAUACUAGCAGCUCCAACCUCUGCUUAUCAAAAAACCACCGAGACUGUUAAAACUGUCGGUGAAAGGACAACAUCCGUUUUAGGAAGUCUUGGUGGUAGUAUGGCCCGAAAAUUAGGAGAAGUGAAAAAUUCCAAUGCAUUUAAAUCAUUCGAAGAGCGAGUUGUCUCAGCAACCGGAAAUCUAAAAGAUCGAAUGACUGGCUCAAGAAGUAACAGUACCAACAGUUUCGAAGAUGCUCUCAACAGUGAACGACGAAACUCUCAAACAGCUACACCCGCUACUACACCCACCAUACCUGAAGAGAAAUCGCUCUCUUAAAAAACACUUGCACAUAUUAACCUAAAACACAAACACACCACAUAUACACAAUUGUUCAAUCCAAAGAAGAACGAAAAAAAUAUCAAAUUGAAGAUUCUUGAUGGAUUCAACAUUGCAAGUUUUAAUUAUUAACUAUUAGCUGAUUAAUAGUCUAAUUCUCUAUACACUUGGAUUGAAAAACUAAAGCAACAAAAAAAAACAAGGAGAUUAUCUCAAAAAAUGGUUAUUUAUAUUUAAUUUUAAAAACAGUGAAAAAGUUAUUGAUUUAUUCUUCCUUCUCUGCACCUCUUUUAUUGUUGAUUUACCAUAUCGACUGAGAUUAUCAACAAUCAACAUCAUCAAUUUCCAACAACCAGCAAACUACAGUAUCAAAGGAAAACAACAAAAAAUUUAUUCUAAACGUGUGUCAAUAUAAAUUAUCUCUCUCGUUACGAUAAAACUAAAAGCGUACUUUGAAUUUUCCCUUUCAUCGUAACUCCUUUCACCUCACAAAAAAAAAUAAUGUAUAACAAACUAUUUAAUUAAUCAAUUAAUUAAUAUAAUUUAUCUUUUGCAUGUGAUGAAACAAAUACGUUGAAAACAAAAUAAUAAUAAAUUCACAAAACUUGGGUUUAAUCAAUAGGAAAA